AUGAAUGACUACAUUGCAAAAGCCCAAAUAUCUUUCCCUCUUCACCCAAGCCCUUUCUUCACACUCUUCUUUCUCCUUCUCUUCUCCACUUGGCUCUGGUUUUUCUCUUUCCCCUACGUGGUGUGGGAGAUCCUGGACUGGGAGACACCUAGCCGAGCCCCCAUCUUGUUUGUAUUCUAUGCUUUUCCUCCUGGCAUCUUUCCCAACACCCUGAAGCUGGUGAAGACUGCAUAACUGCCUGCCAACUGGAACUAAGUGUUGGGGGCCCACCCCCACGGGAUUAUGUGUACAGGAAUCUUCUGUAAUUUUGUCAGCAAAAGCAAUGACUCCUCGAAGGUCUUUCCUGUCCUUCAGCCUUGGCUGGCCACAUUGGCUGGCCUCUUCCAUCUUCCUAUUUAUCGAGAAUACCUCAUGUUCCUUGGGCUGUGUCCUGUGACCUGCCAGAGCCUGGACUUCAUUCUGUCACAGCCCCAGCUCAGCCAGGCAGUGGUCAUGGUUGGGGGUGCUCAGGAAGCCCUUUACUUGGGCUGAGGGGAGCACUGUGUCAGCAUCUGGAGACGCAAAGGCUUCCUGCGAGUUGCGUUGAGGCAUGGGGCCUCCCUAGUGCCUAUAUAUUCCUUUGUGGAGAAUGACCUCUACAGAGUGAAGACUCUUACUAAAAACAGCUGGCAGUGUCGGUGGCAAAUUGCCUUCAAGAAACUGAUAGGAUUUUCCCCUUGCAUACUCUGGGGCCGAUUCUUCGAGGACCACAAGGAAAGCUGUGAGAUCCCUGCUUCGACCCAUCUUACCCUCCUCUAG